AUGACUAGCGGUAGCAAGGUUGCAACUAUUUCAAGUUGGAGUUAUGAAAUUGUGGGGGUGUUCAACGGGAAGCACCAUGUCCUUCUGGAUUUGAAAAAAUGCACUUGCAUACAAUACGAUCGAGUAAAGAUCCCUUGUGGAUACGCAAUGUUGGCUGCCAACUACCAAGGUAUUCCACCAACAACACUAGUAGACGAGUACUAUAAGACUUCUACAUGGGCAGCUACUUACGCAGGAGUAAUCAACCCUGAAGUUCAUUCCAAUGAUCUUGGCAUGGCCGAUGAAGUUGUUAAGAGGGACAUAAUCCCACCAAAGUCCCGUCGGCCAUCUGGUAGGCCAAUCAAGACUAGAAUUCCAUCUGUUGGUGAAUAUCCGAAACCUUCAACUGGCAUUGUCAGAGUUAAUAGGUGUUCAAGAUGCAAGCAGAUAGGACACAACAUUUCUACGUGUACCAAUCCUAUUUGA